CAAAGUCAAGUCAAGUCACUUGAUUAUGGGACGUUGGGAGAGGCAUUAUUGAUGACCACUCAUAAUUACAGAGCUGAGUCUUGCUAAGAGCGCGAGCACUUCGUUGUUGCCUCUCAUCAUAUGCUGAGCGGGAAAUUGGAAAUAGAUAGACAAUCGGCCUGUUUGCAGGCAACCGCGGUAUUCAUUGGAUUUUUGGCAAAAUAAAAUCGGCCAUGGGAGUCAUAGGGAAUGAAAGAUCCGCGGUCCAUAGGGUUAUUUUCAAAAGUUGUCCAAGGGGAAGGGGUAAUGAUACCACUCAUCACACUGUUGGGACACAGCCGUUCUUUCCCGUCUGGCACUGGGGUCGUUUUCAACUUGCAGUGCGCCAUCCGCCUAUCAUGCUCGAGAGGGACGUUACAUUCGUCAUCGAAACGCGGAUCCUCGGAUUCCAGAUGAUUGGACUGACCCUUUGGCUCGGGUCGCCUAACGCACUUACGCUUUCACAACACCGCUUGACGCCUCUAAGCAGUCAUUGGCAAAUGGAUUCCUGGACUGGUUGGCCUUAAAACUGUCUGGGGCAGUUUAAAGAGACUGCGAUUUGGGCCUCCGGUUUUGAGGGUAUGUAACAGAGCCCCUAUCACGGAAAUGGGGCCCUUCGCAUUGAUAUCAGCAAAGAAGCCCGGGGCCGUGCUAGCAGAUAUGUCCUGCGGAAACUGAGCAUGAACUCUUCAUGUCCAACCCAAAACUAGCAUUCGGGCAAGGGAGCGGCUGUGGAUCAUGCGAACAACAUGCAUGUACAAAUCUCACAAAGCCGAUGACUCUCAAAAUAAAACUGUCUUUUGCUUAUAGAUAUGCUAGUAGAACAAUCAUAUCAUCUUUCCAAACAUGAUGGCGUGAAGGUAUGUAAAUUGAGCGCUGAAUGUAGCUGUCGUGAAAAUUUGGACAACUCUCUUAGCACAGCUCAACAACCACUAUAGUAUGAGGAAAAGAAGGAAACACAGACAGGAUAGUUUAUACAACUGGUCUGGAAUGGUUCAGUUCAUGAAAGGGGGCGUAUAUAUAAACGGCAAUGGAUAGUCGAGACGGCUGCAAAGUCAUACAGCAGAUACGCCCUAUGAGUAACGCGCAAAGCUUCUCUCCGAUUCUCCGGGUGUCUUUCUGAUCCGAAACAGAGUCUUUGAACAUGCAGCGCCAGAAGAUUCUAUAUAAAAAAUAGUUGCCAACCGCCAAAGGACGAGGGUUGAGAUAAAAGGGGAGUCGGCGAAAGACGACGCUUUUCCUAAAAUGGACUAUGUGGUCUCCAGGCAGCACUCGGAUAAUUAAUGUUCCGAUAUCUUGGCGUUCCCGUGAUAUGUCUUGGCUAACUGCCUCCCUCUCCAUACAAUACGGAGUACCUUAACUGUGAUCCCAUAAUUUCCCAUUAGACACUACAGAGUAGAGAGGGAGGGAGAUAUCUCUUCUAGAUCUCAUCGCCCAGCUUGUUUGACCUGGGUCAGACCCAUUGGCAGGUUUAUGGUUACGGAGUGGAUAAACCCGUUAACCCUGGUGCUUCAUCCAGUUUGGAAGUCAGCCAGCUUGUGCUGUUGAGUAUGCAUUUCUACCGUGGAUAUAUCACAACUCACAACAACAUGUUCACCCCUGCUGAGUCCUCCAGGUGACUAAUAGCUGGGGAAUAUUUAUUCUCUUGAUGUCUGAAAAAUGGUGACCUCAGGUGGCAGUUGCCAGAAUAUCCAGUGUACCUAUCUUGGGUUGGCUAAUAUGAAGGGGAAAGGGGAAAGCAUUUGUCUCCUUGGUGGGCAUGGACGAGCUCAAUGACUUGCUUCAUCUCUAUUUUCCAUUGCGUCUUUCUCUUCAAAAUGAAGAGUUUUGAGGGUAUGGGAAUUUUUAAACUCUAGCGGAAGCCCUAUCACCCCUAUCACCUAGGAACGGCAGGAUGACUUUAUGACGCCAGUUUAUGUUUUUUAUCCGAGCAAAUGCUCUUCGGGAGGGACGCUCACCAGAGAAGAGACAGUUAGGUUGAUAUUACUGCUGUAUAUUGCUGUCUAACAUCUAGUGCCUUCCCCGUUUCGUCUCGUUCUUGCCAGCAUCGCACUUUCCUCAGAAUCGAGCAGCCAUUUAUUUACUGAGAAACGAUGCGGCUAUGUCGAAGAUUGCUCCCAGCAUGUCGCGUUGGCUGAGGCGGCUCAACGGUGCGUUUCAGUUUUAUUCUAUCAUGCUAUCGAGAACUUCUCCUGUACGUCAUUAUGAAAUAUUUCCCGUGUUUUGCAUUUUUUACCGUUCUAUGGUUCAAGGCUGGCGCGAAAAAAGUGGUCCCACGGGAGUCAACCGAUGACGGAAGUGAUUCUCCUAAUAACCCUGCAGACCGGUGUGAAUGCUAUGUGGUUUCAGGCGCCGAGCCCGGUUAUUUUCAGAACUACAAGUUCUACGAUUUCCGAUCUGUUGUUCCAGAGAAAACCUGGCAGCCGAACUCCACGACAGCUAAGCCAGCCCGAAACAGGACUUCCAAUUCAAGAAAGGAAUCCCACAUGACUCUUGAAGAAACAGGCUUCUUAGACGACUGGGUGAUCCAAGACUGGAGUAGAGCUGGGUCCUUUCUUUUCCCGAUCCCUAUACGCAACAGUUAUGAAAAUGUUUUCGUCCUCGAAGAUACAACCAAUGAUGCGAGCGACACGACAUAUAUAGCCCUUCGCACCCAGAGAUUACAUGACCAUUCAUCGACAGCGGAGAUCGAAACAUACUCUCACGAUUACUUUCAUUGUUCUUUUCGCGUUCGGCUCCGCCUUCAUGCUGGUCAAGAUGGACACCUAGAGGAUGUUGACGAGCAUGAAGAUGGAGAUAGCUAUUGGGGCGGACAGGAUCACGAAUCUGUGCUUGACGAGGACGGGAUAUUAAGACAAGGCCGUAACCGUUCAGAACUGAAUCCAGCUAAUUUCCGUCUACGUCUGCCGCCCACCGGAGCCGUGGCUGGAAUUUUCACGUAUCACUCUGCCAGUGUUGAAUCAGACAUCGAAAUAUUAACAGCUGAUCCGCACACGCUCAUCCACUAUGCCAACCAACCAGAUUGGGAUCCUUUAACUGACCUGGAGAUACCGGGGGCUGCCACGAUUGUUGAGUUGCCUGUCCCUUGGACAAGCUGGGCAACUCACCGCCUUGACUGGUUUCCAAACAUGUCGCGAUGGUAUCUCAAUAACAAACUUCAAGCUGAGAACGAUUACCAUGUUCCCGAUAAGCCGAGUAUGCUUGUCCUCAAUCUGUGGAGUGAUGGUGGCGAAUGGUCUGGGAAUAUGACAAUGGGUUCGACUGCGUUGAUGGGGAUCGAAUGGAUCGAAGUUGCUUACAACAUCUCGGACAUGGAUGUUGAAAUUUACGAUUCGUUCAACCGAACUCGCCCUACCGUCCACUCUGGAAUUUCUGGAAAUAGCCAUCCCAAACGGACUUUGGAAGACAUGGCUGGAGAUGGGUUAAAGCCACGCCGUGGGAAACUUGAAUAUGAGUACGAUGGCUUCGAUGGUGAUGACGGAACGACUGAGAACGGUCAGCAAUGCCUGGUCGGGUGUCGGAUUGAUGAUGUGGAAACCGUCGGCGUGCCAGAGAUCCUGUGGGAUUAUUAUUAUUGAUCAUGUUCGAGCGCGCUUGUUGGAAAGCGGAUUACAGUUGUAUUCAUGGAACCCUUCACAGAAUAAUAACAUAGUUACUUUCUUUUCUUGCUUUCUUUCCCUUAUUUUAUUUUUUUUAUUUUCCUUCCCGGGAUGCUCAGUAUAUUUUUGUCACUUUUUUUUUUUUUUGGCGUCAUUUGGGUACUUGAGGAUGCCCUAGGUCGGGAGUUUCGGAUUUUAAUAGUUCCUCUUUUAAAAGGAAAGGAAUGGAUAAAUUCUACUUAUUUAUUUACUGUGCUCUGGUUCUUUAGAUGCGGCUGGUUGAGACAUACCUGGGUUCACUGCUAAUAGCACAGUACAUACAGAGAGACCGCCCAUCGCCAAUCAUCAUAUAGUUAUAAUAUGCAUCGUUUGUAUGACCAUGACUUACACGACGGAGAGACAGAGCCACAAUUGGACCUGGAACGCAAACAGGACUCAUCUACUCUCCUCUCCCCAUGUUCCAGUUGAUGCAAUACUCAGCGGUGGCUUAUGCUUAGCCGUUGCUCGCGGAUAGCUACCGAGAACGACUGUUGCGGCGAACGAGAACUACACCACCAUCCCAUACAUAUACCGUAUAUACAUAUUUAUAAAACCAGGCAGAUGGAAAUUUUUACCGGAGGAGUUGGCGAACGGAAUACUCCGUACAACUCCCACUUUUUAUUUAUUAUCAAUGUACUGUACAUGUACAUUGUACAUAGAACAGACAGCUGGA